AUGGCGCUGUCGGAGCAGUGCGAGGCCGCGUUCGGCACCGCGGAUCUGUACGGCGUGCUGGGCGUGCGGCGCGGCGCGACCCCGCAGGAGAUCCGCCGCGGCUACCACCGCGUCUCGCUGCGCCUGCACCCCGACCGCGUCCCGCCCGAGCAGAAGGAGGAGGCCACGCGCCGCUUCCAGAUCCUGGGCAAGGUGUACGCCGUGCUGAGCGACGAGAAUCAGCGCGCAGCGUACGAUGAGACGGGCGUGGUGGACGAGGACGCCGAGGCGCUGCAGGACGGGCGGGACUGGCUGGAGUACUGGCACCUGCUCUUCAAGGUCACCGUGAAAGACAUCGAAGACUUCCAGAAUAACUACAAAAACUCGGAGGAAGAGCUGGCUGAUGUAAAGGCAGCAUAUGUGAAUUUCAAGGGUGACAUGGAUCGGAUCAUGGAGUCCGUGAUGUGCGUGGACUACACGGAUGAGCCCAGGAUACGGGAAAUGAUCAAGCAAGGCAUCGACUCCGGGGAGCUCCCAUCCUUCAAGGCUUUUGUAAAGGAGUCGAAGCAGAAGAUGAUGUCCAGAAGAAGACGGGCAGAGAAAGAAGCUAAAGAGGCAAAAAAGACUAAAGAUGAACUGGGCCUUAGUGGAGAAAAUGACUUGCAAGCGCUGAUAAAAAGCCGAAGCAGAGCUCGAGAAAAGGAAAUGGAUAACUUCUUUGCCCAGCUGGAAGCAAAGUACGGGAACAGUGCUAAGAAAGGAGCAAAGAAGACCUCAGGCAAGAAAAGAAAGGCAGAAGGAACAGUGUAGACUGAAAUACCAGGUUUCACUUUGUAUGGAAACAUGGAUCUGGGAGAAUUUUGGGUGUUUUCCAGGCUCCUGUUUUGGACUGUGUGCAUUGACUGGCUAUAAGUGAGAGGCAUGACAGAGUAUGCAUGCUGAACAAGACAAGGCAUUUCUGUGCUACUGUCUCAAACCCUUUGGGUGCUCUACAGUUGAGAUCCAUGUGUGCUAUUCACACAUUUCUUCUGUAAAAACCCUGCUGUUUUUAAAGGUCCUUGCACAUCAGCUCAACAGGUCUUUUUCAGAUAUCCCAGGAGUUUUAUAAAGAUAGUUUGGAAAAUUGCGGAUUUAAUAAACAUUCUUGGGUGGGUUUCUUUCA